UGUUGUACGCGCUCAGGGUGUGAGAGAGAGAGAGACACUGAGAGACUGCGAGACUGCACUGUAGUGAGCUGUUGUCGUUUAACAGUGUCAUAGAUGACUUCAGUUUAAUAAUUAAUAUUCGCAGCUGUAGCUGGAUGUUCUUUUUCCCUGUAAGGUGUGAAUUAAAGGUCAUUUCGUGGUAAAGAGAGUGUGAAGUUCAUUCCUGCCAUCUUUCUAACACGCACCCAUCAUGGCUUUAAUCCAGUUCUGGAAGCUGCGAGCGUCUGUGCGGUCUGCGUCUCGGGCCUGGGGUUGUGCGCCUGUGAUGGUUGGAAGCAAAAAAAGCCAACACACAGUGGCUGGGGGUUCUCGUAACUGGCAGCUGCUAGACGACUGCUUUGAACUUCAAUAUGGUGGUCAGGUGAUGCACUUUAACUACGUGUGGCUGAGGGAUCACUGCCGCUCGGCCUCGUGCUACAACUCCAAAACCAACCAGCGCAAUUUAGACACCGGCAGCAUUGCCCUCGACAUCCGGCCCACGAAGACCCGGGUGGACGAGGAGAAUCUCUUCCUUACAUGGCCUGAUGGUCACAUUACACGGUACAACCUGGCCUGGCUGGCGAAGAACAGCUACCAGGGCCAGAAAUCGAGUGCUAUACAACCACGCAUCCUGUGGAACUCUGAGAUUUACACAAACGCCAAAGUGCCUUCCGUCAGCUGGGAAAAGUUCAUGAGCUGUGACGAUGAGCUGAAGACAUUUCUGAGCAACUUCCUACUGUACGGAAUUGCGUUUGUAGAGGACGUUCCGGCCACAAUCGAUGACACUGAAACAGUGACCAAAAGAGUUAGCAUUAUCAGAGAGACGAUAUACGGCCGAAUGUGGAGUUUUACGUCCGAUUUUUCCCGAGGUGACACAGCGUACACAAAACUGGCCCUGGACCGCCACACAGAUACCGCUUACUUCCAAGAGCCCAGUGGGAUUCAGGUCUUCCACUGCCUGAGGCACGAGGGGACAGGCGGCAGGACUCUGUUAGUGGACGGCUUCUACUCCGCGAACAGAGUGCUCGAGCAGUCUCUUGAAAACUUCGAGCUUCUCUCACGUGUCCCCAUAAAACACGAGUUCAUCGAGAACCUUGGCACCCAGGUCAACCACAUGAUCGGCAUCGGCCCAGUUCUCAGCGUCUACCCCUGGAACAACGAAGUCUACAUGAUGAGGUAUAACAACUACGACCGUGCCGUGAUAAACACAGUUCCUCACAACGUCGUACAGCGCUGGUAUGCGGCACACAGACAUCUCACUGACGAGCUCAGGAAACCAGAGAACGAGCUGUGGGUCAAACUCAAACCGGGCAAGGUUCUCUUCAUCGAUAACUGGCGAGUGCUGCAUGGUAGAGAAUCCUUCACAGGAUUUCGUCAGCUCUGUGGCUGCUAUCUGACCAGAGAUGAUGUUCUCAACACAGCUCGCUCCCUGGGCCUUCAGGCUUGAUCAUCAGCUGACCAGCGCUGGAACAGCAAAGAACAAGCUACAUCGCUGUAGACUAGCAAAAACCCAGACCUGCAGAAUUGCUGAAAUCUGUGAAGCUCAUCAGUUCACGUUCAAGGUUCGAAGUUAAAGUGUAAAGACUUCCGAGUUCUGAGGAGAUCCUCAUCGCCACAGGCGAGGAAUCAUUCUGAUGGUACUGCCAUUUUUAUUAAAGAUAUGUUUGAAGAAUAUACACAGAGAAAUGCGGAAAUGAGGCUGGGAGACACAAGGAAGAGAAAUUCUAGCACUUUGACAAUGAUGGUAUUCGGUGAUCAUGGUUAUGCUUUCAAUUGGGAAUGUAGAUGUUUUAAUGUGGAAAGGGUUGCACCAACACACCGUGGUUUAUGUUCAUGGAUUAUAGUCUUUUAUGAGCGAAACAUGCAAAUAAAUGUAUUAAACAAUUGUGCACGGGGAACAUUUUAAAAUGCGGUCAAAAGACAGUACAGUAAAUUACUGUGUGGAGACUUGACGUAGAGAACCUGUGAGAUGUUACGGUAAUCAGGCUUCCAGAAAAACAGACAGUUAUUAUUAUUAUUUUACAGUACUUUCCCAAGCUGUAAACUGAUAUACAAUCCGAAAAAUAUUACGGUAAUUAACCUUCCACUAAUCGAUCAUUGUUAUUGUAUCGAUUUUUAUUGUAAUGAACAUCAAAUGCCAAAUUACAGUAAUUAAGAUGUUAUAAAAACAAUUUGUUUUAAUUUUUGUUUAAAUAAAUAUUUUACAGUAA